AUGCCCCCUCGAGGAGUUGAACUUGUGAGGGCGUUGAUUGAGGUUGCGGCGCCGCUACCGACUGAGCCACGCGGGCAAAGAGAAAGCCGUUGCCCGAUUGCAUACAUAAAUGCGAGAACGACAGCUACGGAAUUUCUGGGAACAAUUCGAGAGGAGACACGUGAGAACGCUCGUCUGAUUGAAGACGGUGGAAAUAGAUGUAGUCCAAACAAGAAAAUGACGAAAUCCGGCGGCAAGAUUCCCAAGAAAUCAGCGACUUUUCAUGGAUUACAGGAUUUGAGGAAGUGCAAAGUUCAAAAUUGUUCAACACACAUUGUGACAACUGCUUCGUCUCCGUCUUCGUCAUUUUCUUCGUCGACGACAUCUUCAGAAUACAAAAAAAAGGUGAAACGAUUACACUCUCAACCUCCACCGUCCCCAACUUCUGCCACAUCUACAACAUCGAAUUCCACGUCAUCAACACCAUCAGCAACAACCACAACAUCUAGAAAACGGUCCAUUUUCUAUGAGAAGACGACAUCGUGUUUCUUCUUCUUCUACGACUUGUCACUCGUCGUGUGA